GUAAUGUAUUUGUUUUUAGCUGCUGUGUUUCCAGUGCAGGUACAUGGUGUUUCUGUGGCUGUACAGUAACGCCAGCUGAAGAAUGAAACGUCUCACUCGUCGACAGUGGGACAAGAAGCAAUGCAGUAACUUCCCGUUUACAGGAAAAUACAGUAACUGACCGUAAGGUAAAGGAAUUUGUAGUAAAAUAGGUACAGUAGGUAGCUAGUUUAAUGUAGCAUUGCUCUAGGUCGCCACUUCCUUUUAAGGUAAAAUACCCGCCAUGAGCUCGUAGAUGUUUACGUUGUGACCAAAGGUUAUUCCGAGUUUGGAGUCACCUCUUACUAAUGGCUUUGCAAAAGGGUGUAUUGUAAUAAAAGAGGCACAUGUGGACCAAUUCACCUCCUCGACUGAGCUAGCAGCCAUUUCACAUGAUGUCUAUCUUUGGAGCAAGAGCAGUCUUUCUCAGACUGAGGUACAGUUUCCAGAGAGCAGGCUCCUUCACCAGAACCAGACUCAUCCAGAACUCCAGGGCAUGCUUUGCUAAAAGAGGGCAGAUUUUCACCCAGAUACCCAAGGUUACAUUGCUAUGUUGGGGUGCAGUCAGUGCAUCAUCCUGUGCAGCCACAUGCCAGGAAGCAACUGUCCCACGCCACACUGCUGAAAGAAAGUCUCUUGCCAAAGUGCAAGUGCACAAAGUAAUAUUUUUUCUGCGCCUUAGCUUUCGUGCAUUGGUGCUGCUCCUCAAAUUUGGCCCCCUUCUCCUCUUGUCCCCCUUGGUUCUGGUGUCCACUCGCUGGGCGUCUUGCUGGCUGGAUGCUCUGCUGUGGGUGACUGAAACAUCUGGUCCCACUUUCAUUAAGCUGGGGCAGUGGGCCAGCACCAGGCGGGACAUCUUCUCUCAGGAGUUUUGUGAGCGCUUCUCUAGGCUUCACGUAAGAGUGCCUCCUCACUCCUGGGCCCACACCAAGCAGUGUCUCCGGAGGGCUUUUGGGGAGGGCUGGAGGAAGGUUUUAGUGUUUGAGAGCAAAGAGCCUGUGGGUUCAGGAUGUGUGGCACAGGUGUACAGAGGCUGGGCGAAGGCGGACCAGGUGGAUGACCCAGCUUUCCACUCGUUGGUGGAGGAGAUGGAGAAAGAAGACUUGCUUGAAGCAUGGGAGAUUCCUGGUCUGAGAGGAGUGGCCAGGUCCUUGUGGCAGCUCUGGAGGGGGACUAAGGAGGACGAUGGCUAUGAGGAGAGAAGUCACGCAGAGGGGGGAGAUAAGGAGAGCAGCACAGAGAAGGAGCACCUGAUACCUGUGGCUAUUAAGGUGAUUCAUCCAGGCGUCAGGAGACAGGUGGAAAUUGACCUGCUGCUAAUGAAAGCAGGCAGUUGGCUCCUGAACUGCCUGCCUGGACUCAAGUGGCUCAGCCUGUGUGAGGUAGUAGAUGAGUUUGAGAAGCUCAUGACCAAACAGAUUGAUCUCCGUUUUGAGGCCAGGAACAUCGAGCGUUUCCAGGAAAAUUUCCGCAAUGUGGAUUACGUCAAGUUCCCAACUACGUUACGACCAUUUGUCACCAGGACCGUUUUAGUGGAAACUUUUGAAGAGAGCGAGCCUGUAUCCAACUACCUGAGCUCGUCGAUCCCUCAGGAGGUGAAGCAGAAAAUAGCCAGGAUGGGAAUAGAGACCAUGCUGAAGAUGGUUUUCGUGGACAACUUUGUCCACGGGGAUCUCCAUCCCGGGAACAUUCUGGUCCAGUGUCGGGGGCCUCAUCCUGAUUCCACUGACAGCACUGGUAUGUCAGGGGAUGCACAUGGCAAGACCACCCUCACUGACCUGUGGGACACAGUGGUGGUCAGCAUCAGGCCCGUCCCAUGUCCUCUCCAGCUGGUGCUGCUGGACGCUGGCAUCGUAGCCCAGCUCAGCGACCACGAUCUCGCCAACCUCAAGGCUGUUUUUACAGCUGUGGUGCUGCAGCAGGGUGAGCGAGUGGCCGAGUUGUUCCUGCAUCACGCUCGGGCCAAUGAAUGCAAAGACGUACCGCAGUUUAAAAAGGAGAUGGCCCAGCUGGUGGACCAGGCCCUCAGCAAAUCCCUCUCUCUGGGAAAGUUCCAAGUAGGAGAUCUGCUCUCCAGACUCUUCGGCCUACUCAUCAAACACAAGGUGAAGCUGGAGAGUAAUUUCGCCUCGAUUGUCUUUGCCAUCAUGGUGCUGGAGGGUCUCGGCAGGUCGCUCGAUCCCAACUUGGACAUCUUGGAUUUGGUCAAACCUCUGCUGCUAAAGAACUGUGCCUCACUGCGAUGACAAACACACACAAACAUACAGACGCACAAAGCUCUAGCACAGUGGACCACACACAGACAGGCACCUUAAGUACACAUACAGCUAAGUCCCUACUGUAUACAUAGAGUACAUCUAUAAUAGGGCUGCCACUAACGAUUAUUUUCAUUGUCGACUACUCUGUUGAUUAUUUCUUCGAUUAGUCGUCUAAUGAUUUCAUCGAAAAAUGUCUUAAAAUGUUGAAAAAUGUCAGUCUGUCUCGCCCAAACCCCAAAAUUACGUCAUUCAUACUCACGCCAAAGGGUUUUAGUUCACUGUCACGGGAGAGUGUGUAAAGCUGCUAAUAGCUGAACGUAAGAAGCUGCAAUAAGAGUAUUUUGGGGUACUUCUAUAUUACUUUUCUAUGAAAAAUGACUCAAACCGAGUCGACUACUAAAAUAGUCACCGAUUAUUUUAAUAGUCGAUUAGUCAUCGAUUAGUCGACUAAUCAUUGCAGCCCUAAUCUAUAAUUAUGGCACAUGUGUCUGCAGGUGUAAGACACUUGAAUUUAAUGCAUUUUAGUACCUUUUAAAGAUUAUUUUUAACCAAAUUUAAGAUUUUUGGACAAAUAAUUUAUGUCUUAUUCAAGCAUUGCAAGUAUAAAGGUAAGACGUAUAUAUUUAGUCUCAUGCAGAAGUAGGUUAUGUGUAGGAUUAUGGUUAUUAUUAGUGAGUUAGGUUCAUCUAUAUUUUGUAAACAGGUAUGUAUACAGUAAAAAGGUUGAAUUGAAUCAUUAGGUUGAAUGAUUUGCGUCAGAAAUGGUACUUUGCCACAGAAAAGCUUGACUCAUUUUGACAAAAAGAAAUCAAAGACUUCACAAAUUUAAAUCAAAGACUAUGUAAUGACUUUUAAGGCCUUAUAUUUAGAAAAUUUAAGCGUUUUAAGGACCUGCAGACACCCUGCUGUACUUUAUUUUCCUAAUGCUAUGAUGACUAAAUUGCGACGCAUGCCCCAAGUGACCUGAGAGGUCAGGAAAUGGUCAUGACAAUCAGUCCGCCCUACAGGAUGCAGUCUGGAGCAUGCUCCGGGAGAUCAUUGUAAACGAUGACAUUAAUGAAUUCACUGACUCUGUGGUGGAUUUAAUGUGUAAAACAACAGGAGCAACAGUAUCAAAACUACAGUUAAAUCAUUCCACAACCAGAAAUGAUGGAUUACCAGAACCAUGCGUUUCGUCUGGAAACAAAGACAGUUAUAAAGCAGCAGGCUACGAUGUAAAAAGAGCAUCAGAGGCAAAAAGGGAUUCAUUUUAAUGCACAAGUUAGAGUGAUGGUAUGGCAUUUUACUGUAGUUGUAUGAUUUUAUGUUACAAAUAAACUGAUCGGUCAUCUUUAAGCUUACAAGAUUCCAGUGUGGAUCACAAGAUCACUGUCAUCACUACAUUUUAGCAGUGCCCCAUAUAUCUCAUUGAGUUUUACACUGUUGGUACAGUAUUUCCACUUCACUCCCAUCUGGUUGAAAUACAAACAUUUCACCCACAGGAGAAUCAUCUUCAAGGCACCUCUAACUGAGCCUCAUGAACAAGAGUAUGUGCGCUUUACAUGACUUGUUUAUUGAGUGCUAAUGGACUCAGACACAUCAGCAGACACACAGAUGGCAUCAGAGACUCUUUGUAGUGAGUUACGACAUAAGAGAAAAUACUGCGAAAGUCCCUGGUUGAUACACUGAAGCAUAUGUUUUACUUUUUAAUGACUGAUAUUGAUCUCAGGAUGUCUUUUAUCACUACAUCUUUUAUUGUAUCUUAGAUAAUGUUGUCUAAUGGGCCAUUACUUGCUUUAGUGUGAAUCACAAUGUACUGUAACACUGAACAUGUGAAACCUUUGGCUAAUUGUUCUCAACAGCUGACCCAUGUCUUUCAGCUUUCCAUUAAAAUAGCGGGAACACUUGUAUGAAUAAUGCAUAUCAAUAAAAAGGAAUCCAUGUUAACUGAUCUUUGUUUUUUGUUGCCUCUAGUGUAAGUUUUCUCACCCUUUUAGUGAGGUUGACUGAUGCAGAAAAUUCACGUCAUCGAAAGGAACGGGAUCCAUUAAUUUACAAUUUUAUUAAAUCUGUCAAUGAAAAACACAGACAAGAGACGUGGUUCUGUCA